AUGAGUAGAAAUAUUUGUAGUAAAUUUUGUCUUGUAUUUUUAAACGUUCCAUUAUUUCUUCUUGGUAUUGGUGCAUUGAUUGUGGGUAGUUUAUAUUUACAAUAUAAUAGAAAAGUUGCUAUUGGCGUUGUGGUUGUAGCUAUUAUUAUUAUUAGUGUAGGAUUGUUUGGAAUAUGUGGAGCAUUAAUGGAAAGCAAAAUUUUCUUAAAUAUUUACAUUAUUGUGAUGAUAUUGCUCACAUUGGCAUUAAUUGGAGGUUUAGUUGCACUAAUUGUGUAUAAAAAAAGAGUUACCAAUACGUAUCUGAAUAUAACAUCAAAUCGUGUAAAACAAUUUUCAACGAUAACUGAUGAAGUUGAUAAAAGUACGAUAAUUGCUAUAUUUAAACAACGAAAAUGUUGUGGUUUCGAAGAAGUAAAUGAUUAUCCGUUAUUAUUUGAAAAAUUUGAAGAAUGUCGUAAAACACCAAUUGAUGGUAAAUGGACACUAACAUGUAUUGAAAAAGUGAAGAAUGAAUCAAAUGUAAUAUAUAUGGCUAUUCUUGUAUUGACAGCAUUAUUACUAUUGUGUACAAUAUUUGCAUCAACUUCAGCAUGUUGUAUUACUUGCCAAGAUAGACAUUAUCGAGAUAAAGAUAGUGCAUACUCAUGA